UGUUUUCUCUGGUUAAAGAAUAAAUUUUUAAAGCACUUAUUAAAAAAUUGUCGGGUAAAAAGGUCGUUCCCGGUUUCGUGGCGCGUUUUUUUUUAACCCUUCCGAAAGCCCGUAAGAACAGUGCGCUGUUUCCUCGCUUCCUUUCCUCAACCCCAACCUCGCUUCCAGUUUACGCUCGAGGAACGCCAGCCUGGCCCCUACGUAACCGUAAAGUCUCGCGGUUGUGCAAUCGAGAAGGUGCAUAUAGCUGCUAGCUGCUUUUAAAUAACCAAAAUAUGAUCCGGUGUCCCAGGAUGCUGGUGCUGCCAGCCUUAAUAGUCGCCAUCGCCUGCCUGCUGGUCCCCUGCCACGGAACGCCUUUGGAGUGGGAAUACGCCGUCACGCUGAGGACGAAGAUCCAGUUCAUGGAUAGCUCCUGGCAGACGAUAGCCACUGCUGCCCACGAAUUCGACGAGCUAUCCGCCCUAACAUUUGACGAGACCGAGGAGCUGAUCUACUUCAAUGACCUUAAGCACAGGAACGGCAGCAUAUUCUCGCUGAGAAGAUAUCCCUUAGCCGCCUCUCAUGUGGCUGAGCAGGCGGUAAAACGGACGGGUGACGAGUCUGUGGGAGGAUUGGCCUAUGAUCCGCUGAACAGGAACCUCUUCUGGUCAGACACCGAGCACAGGAAAAUCUUCUUUGCCUCCAUCGACAGUGAGGCGGGUGAGGCGCCCAAGGUUCUGGUGGAUCUCAGCCAUGAGGGAGGUCGGCCUGAUGGCGUUGCUGUGGACGUCUGCCGCCGAAAGCUCUACUGGACCAACUCGAACAUCACGCAUCCUUCCGUGGAGAGGAUCGAUCUGGAUGGCAGUAAUAGGACCGUGAUUAUCAGCACCAACAUUGACAUGCCCAAGGGUAUUGUGGUGGACCAACUCUCCGACCGUCUCUUCUGGAUCGACGACCUCAAGGGCGUCUUUUUUGCGGUGGAGAGCUCGAGGAUGGACGGCUCCGAUCGUCAGGUGGUGCUUAAGGACAAACACCAUGAACCCCUCAACUUGGCCGUGACCAACGAUGCCAUCUACUGGACGGACCGCACCACAAAGGCGGUGUGGAGUCAUCCCAAGGUGCCGGCGAUUAAGGUCACCACAACAGUCAGGCCGUUGGAGACGGAGGACACAACGGAUGCCAUUGAAUCCAAGCCCGAGAGCGAUCCAGAGCCUGUACCGGAAGAAUGCCCGUUAGUGCGCGUGGCCAAUCUCAGUGAGGAGGCCAGAGGAAUCGUGGCCCGCACUGGUUUCUACCAGAGACUCCAAAAGGACGCCCACUGUGCCAGUAUUGUGCGGAAGGUGAAGCAGCGCUUGGAGGAGAAGACCAUGAGGCAUAGCAGAAACUUGGUGAACGAGAAGAUGGCCCAGCUGGAGCGCGACCAUUGCAUGAACGGCGGCAGCUAUAUCCCGAACCGCGACCUCUGCAUUUGCCCGCCCGGUUUCAAGGGAUCCCGGUGCGAGAUCCGUGAGUGCCACAACUACUGCGUCCACGGAACCUGCCAGAUGUCGGAACAGGCCUACCCCAAGUGCUACUGCCAACCGGGAUUCAGUGGCGAACGCUGCGAGGUUAGCAAGUGCUCCGGGUUGUGCCUCAACGGGGGCCAUUGUCGGUUGAGCAACAUCGAGGAGAAGGAGCCCAGCUGCGAGUGCCCUGCAAAGUUUGGAGGAGCCCGUUGCGAGCAGAACUCCACGGAGAUUUGCUCCCUUUUCUGCCGCCUGCUGAAGCACGAACCUGAGAUCUAUGUGCCCUUUGGCUGCCACAGCAUUUGCGAGGAACUGGCUCAGGAGAACAGCACCAAUAUCGCCAUUCCCCAGUACCAGCACCUUGAUGUGUGCCUCACGCCCAACGUUUGGACUAGCAGUGUAAUCAUCAUCUUGGUCGUGGGCAUCGUGCUCAGCCUGCUUCUGGUGGCCAUUAUCGUGCACGGUGUCCGUCGCCUGUACAAGCCGAAGAGGCCUCGCAUCAGAAAGACCUUUGUGGUGCGCAAACAGGCCAGGACAAACUCUGCCGGGGAUACGCCGCUUACCAACCGCCCGCUGGCCACCGAGCAGUGCGAGAUUACGAUAGAGAACUGCUGCAAUAUGAACAUCUGCGAAACGCCCUGCUUCGAUCCCAAGCUGGUGGAACAGACGCUGGCCAAGUCCAGCUGCAAGGAAGACAAGAAGAUACUCAUCCAAAACAUGGAGGAUGAAUUGUACUAGGGCACAUCAGACGGAGAAAGACCUGCUGCUGCUGCCCUACCCAAACAACUAACUACAAACUGAACCUUGUGAUAGUCGUCGUCGUCGAGUGCGGAUUGGUAUUCGAGCUUGAAACAAGCUGCUGCCCGCCCGGCCCUCGACCCCGUUAAGCCGUCAAGGUGCUCGUCUAGGCAACCGGUGACCAGGAACCAACCAGAGCCUGCCUGGAACAACACACUUAACACUCGCCAAAAUCAUUUACUUAAGUAACUGAAGCAACAUACACAUGUGUACUUAGCGAAUCCUGGGAGCGUAACGUGCUUCGGUCUUUCGUUAAUUUAUUCUAUCAUCCCAGGAUUAGGAUUUGUUUUCUUAGCUUAAAGCUCAAUAUUUUAUAUAUUUUAACAUUUUUUAA